GAUUGUGGCCUCGAACGGUACUUCCAUACGGGUGAACUCGAAAGCCUUUUUGCCGAGAUUAGUCAUCAUUAUACUGGCGAUGCUAACAAUAACAAAGGAUUACCUUUUCACGGCUUCAUGGAAAUGUUGACUAUUGUAUCUAAACGCCGUUAUCCCGAAGAGAUUUCUCUUCAAGUGGCGCUACAGGACUUGUUGAAUGUCUGUGCAAGCGCUCUGCGAAACAGAGGAUGCGAAAAGAAUUUAUAUGCUGCCGAGGCACGUUCGACAUCACAGAGGCCGAUCAAAGUCAUGCGAACCGAUCUCGCCGAUCAAAAUCACCGUUGA